AAUAACUCUUUUGCUUCAGUUCCUGUGUAACGGUCGAUCACAUGUGGCGUUAAAAAGCUGAGAUAUUCGGGAUCCAUCGCAGAUUUUUGGGGGGUGAUGUUGGAGUCUGAAGCUACUGAAGUCAUGGCUCCUCUUUCUUUCAUCGUCCUGAUUUUUCUUUCCUCCAUAAGAGAGGGUCAGCAGGAGAGCAGCUGCGGAGUGGAACCCCAAACUCUGUCCCUCCUCUGGGGCUCUGACGCCGACGUCUUCUGCAUCCGCUCCUGUCCCGAGUGUUUUCACGGGACGGUGUACUGGACUCUGAACAAAGAUCGUCUGGACGACUCGUCCUCCACGAACGUCAACUCCACUCACACGAGGCUGGCGCUGAGGAACUUCACUCACCACGUCGCCAAGUUGCAGUGUCACUGUGCGCAGACGCAGCAGGUCCUGGGGGGCCUCUUCAUCAGGGACUACACUGGACUCGACAACGUCCGGUGCAUGUGGCACUACAAGAACAGCAGUGACGGUGGCGAGCCCGAGCUCUUCACCUGUACCUGGUCACAUCACAGCCACUCUCUGGGGACAGUGAACUUCUCAGUACUCCUCAGUAGGGAUCCGGGGUCGGAGGUUGAACUCUGUCGCUCUGAAGUGAACUCCUGCACCACGUCUAAAAACAUCCCACUGGGCACAGCCAGAGUCAUUGUGAAGGCUCAAACCGCCAAGAGGAUGAUCAGGUCGCAGCUGCAGGAGUUCAGUCUGUUCGAAAACUUGAAAAUGAUGCAGCCGAGAGUGACAGUGUCGGUCUUCUCCGCCCACCUGCUGGCAAAGUGGCUCGCCUUCCCGGCGUUGGAUAUCCCAGUGUGCUGUCAAGUCAAACACAACCGGGUGAUCCAGAACGUGACUCUCACUGGAGGAGGACAAGGAAAGCUCAGCAUAACUGAUGUGGACUCGUGCAGAAACUACACUGUUUCUGUUCGCUGCGCCUUCGACCAGGCUCCCUGGAGCGACUGGAGUUCCGCCGUGACGGUUCUGACCCGAAUAAACAAGAAAAAGAUGCAUCUGCAUUUGUGGCGGAAGAUCCGGGCGGCAGGAAGUGACGGACGCAGGGACGUGCUUGUCAUGUGGAAGCCGAUCCCCUCGGCGUGCAGAGGAACAUUCACCUUUGCCCUGAAUCUGACAUCGGCCAAUGAAACGGAGUUGGAGGGAGAGUGCGGUAAUUCCACCUGCGAGGUCCGCGUGGAUCAGAACCAGCAAACACUUCAGCUCUCGGUGUUCGACAGCGCCGCCCUGCUGGUGGAGGAGUCUGUUCACGUCCCUGUCUCCGGACGAUCCGCCCCUCGGGUUUCGGACCUGCAGACCUGGACUGGCAAUGGGUCCAUUCUUGUCAGCUGGAGCCCUCCACCCGGGCUGGUCACUGGCUACAUGGUGGACUGGACUCAUGAUGGGAUUCAGUAUCACUGGAAUAGAACCAGCAGCCUCAACUUCACGCUGUGUGACCUGCAGGAUCUGAAGCCAUACGACAUCACAGUGACGCCGCUACUGGGUGAUGAGACCGGAGGGGCGAACUCAGCCCAGCGGGUCUGCUCCAGAAUCGGAGAUCCAGGUUUGGUCUCAAUCAAUGAUGUCCAGGCCCGAGACACCAGCGCCGUCGUAAGGUGGACUGUGAUAUCGCAGGAGGCGUGCAGCGGCGUCAUCGACAACUACGCUGUUUACUAUGGAACAGACACAGGACCAGAGCUGAAUGUCACUGUACAUCACACAAAACAGCAAGUUGUUUUGAGACACCUGACACCAGACACUCGCUACAGAGUCCAAGUGCAGGCCAAUUCUCUCAUAGGAAGCAGCGAAAUCAGAGAGAUGUUUUUCACGACAAAGAGAUUUGACCCCUGGAUCAUCCAAGUACUGAGCAUCAGUGGAAGCGUUCUGAUCUUGUUAGGGGGCCUGAUCUGCACAGUGAAGUGGAGGAAUUUCCAGAAGAAGCCGGUCCCGGAUCCCCGACUCAGUUCUCUGGCUCAGUGGUCAGGACCGGCUCAGGAGGACAAGAGGCAACAGGGCUUUUUCACAGGCCAGCCCUUCCAUACUCCAUCUGAGAGUGUCUGCGAACGUGUUUACUCAGAGACGUCUUGGCUCGAUAACUCACAACCCACCUCCUCCACCGAUCUCUGCGACCAAACCUCGGCCGCAACACUGUUCCCCGAAAAGCCAACGCUUCAGUCGUCCUCCGGAGAAUCAAGCACCCUGCUGUCCAUGGAGAGCUGCUCGUCAAAUCCGUACCGAAGUCAGAACUCUGUGGAUAUUCCUGCUUUUAAAUCUAAAGGAAAACAAUCUUCCGUAACCACAUACGUCACUCUGGACAUGUUUGAAGAUGAUGAACCUCGGGACCGGAAGUAGAAAACAAGAGGGGGGAAAAAAACGAUGGCAGUAACUGCAUGUUGCCAACUGGACAUUGUGUAUCUGUGACACGAUUGUAUUCACUUCAAUAAUUACAAUAACAGCUUUGUGAGUGUUUAAAGCGGCUAGCAUUAUCGAGUACCUGAAAUGAUGUGUCAAAUGCUCAGAUGAAUAAAG